AUGGCGAGCUCGACGAAUAUCAAAGUAGUUUGCCGAUUCCGUCCCGUCAACGCGAUUGAGCAGCGGGAGGGUGGCGACAUUGUGGUUUCUUUCGAUGACAAUCUACAAACCGUCGGAGUCAGGUCGGCCCAAACGAUGUCUGGUCCGGAGAAGGAUGGAUUCACGUUUGAUCGAGUUUUUCCUAUGGGAACGCAGCAACACGAGGUGUUUGACUACGGGGUGAAGGAUGAAUGGUCUGCAGAUGUUCUGGACGGAUACAACGGGACGGUCUUCGCUUAUGGACAAACUGGUAGUGGAAAGACAUUCACCAUGAUGGGAGCGGAUAUUGAUUCUGACGAGCUCAAGGGAAUCAUACCUCGUAUCACUGAACAGAUUUUCCAGUCAAUAGUAGAGAGUGAUGCCCAUCUAGAGUAUCUCGUGAAGGUUUCUUAUAUGGAGAUCUAUCUCGAGAGAAUACGAGAUCUUCUUGCACCACAAAACGACAAUCUGCAAGUUCAUGAAGAGAAGUCCAAGGGCGUUUAUGUCAAGAAUCUUUCAGAUUACUACGUCAGUAGCGCACGCGAGGUUUAUGAAAUUAUGCGAACAGGCGGCGCUGCUCGAGUGGUCACGGCGACGAACAUGAAUGCCGAAUCAUCUCGAUCGCAUUCCAUUUUCUUGAUCACAAUCGAGCAGCGAAACACGGAGACUGGUGCUCGAAAGACCGGAAACUUGUACCUGGUCGAUCUUGCUGGUUCGGAGAAGGUUGGAAAGACUGGGGCAUCUGGCCAGACAUUAGAGGAAGCCAAGAAGAUCAACAAGUCUCUGUCUGCCCUCGGAAUGGUCAUUAAUGCAUUAACCGAUGGAAAGGCGAAGCACAUCCCGUAUCGUGAUUCUAAACUCACUCGUAUCCUUCAAGAGUCCCUCGGAGGCAACUCAAGAACCACCCUUAUCAUCAACUGUUCGCCGUCGUCUUAUAACGAGGCGGAAACGCUCUCCACCCUCCGAUUCGGUAUUCGCGCCAAGUCUAUCAAGAACACCGCUCGCGUUAAUGCUGAAUUAUCACCGCUGGAACUCAAAGGCCUCCUUUCAAAGGCGCAAUUGGCAAAUACCUCAUAUCAGAAAUACAUUGCCGCAUUGGAAGCCGAGUUGGCCAUCUGGCGUUCGGGAGGCUCUGUUGACGAGGGCGAUUGGGCUUCGCCUGGUAAGACAGGUGCACCUGCAGCAGCCAAGAAGCCGGCCCCCUCACCCACCCCAUCUGUGUCUGCGUCCACUUCCCGCAGUAUGACCCCCGUGAAUCCCACCAUCGAGGUAUUGAGAAGCGAACUGGAGUCCCGUCCUCAGACCCCAACAGUGAUUGGUUUGGAUAAGGAUGAGAGAGAAGACUUCCUGAGACGCGAGAACGAGCUUAGCGAUUCUCUCGCAGAGCGAGAAUCCACCCUUGCGGCUGCAGAGAAGCUAAUGAAGGAACUGAGGGAAGAAUUGGCAUUCCUGAAGGAGCAGGAGGCUGCUGUUAACAAGGAGAACAAGGCUAUGUCGACCCAACUAAAUGAGCUGAGGCUGCAAGUAGAACGAUUGGAUUACGACAAUAAGGAGGGCAUCAUCACGAUCGACAUCCUCAAAGAACAGAAUCAGGAUGCGAAAGCAGAGUCGGAAGAACUCAGGAAACAGAUUGCGGAGCUGAAGAGUGUUCAGAAGGACCCUUCAGGAGAAGACAAGGAGAAGCGCAAACAGGAAAAGAUGGCUAUGAUGAUGGCGAAAUUCGAUACUCAAGGCGCGUUCUCCGAGAAGGACGAACAAUUACGACAACUUCUUUCCAAGCUGGACAACCUGGAUUCUGCCGAGGCCUUAACUUCAGGAGACCUCAUUAGCAUCCGUCGGCAGCUCUCCGAGGGACAGAGCAUCCUGAGGGAGACCCUGGACCGCCUCCGACAGAGCCAAGAGGAGAAUGAGAUGAUCACAAGACGAAGGGACGAGCUGGAGACUCGAGUCGCUGCCCUUGAAACAGACUACGAGGAACUUCUAGAGAAAACUAUCCACGACGAAGAAACCAAUAACGUGGACGUCGCCGACAUGAUGGCAGAUCUUAAGAACAAACUUGAGAUCCAAUAUGCCGCCAAGCGCGAUGCUCUUCUUAGUGAAGUUGGAGACCUGAAGCAACAGCUGGAGGCCAGGAACAACGAUGUUCGCAGUCUCAACGCAUCCAUCGAUAGCUUGAAGAGCGUCAACGAAGAGCUCAAGCGUGCCUUCGCCGUGACGUCCGCUGGCAUUGAGGGCGGCAAGAACCUGGCAGAAAGUGCUCAAGACCUUGAACGAACCCGCAAGGCAAUUAAUGUUCAACUAGCGGAAUUCGAUGGUGUCAAGAAAUCUCUUAUGCGGGAUUUGCAGAACCGUUGCGAGAAGGUCGUGGAAUUGGAAAUCCAAUUGGACGAGAUCAAGGAACAGUACAACAACGUCAUUCGCAACAGCAACAAUAAAGCUCAACAGAAGAAGAUGGCUUUCCUAGAGCGCAACCUAGAGCAACUUACGUUGGUUCAGAAACAGCUUGUCGACCAAAAUUCGUCGUUGAAGAAAGAGGCCGGAAUUGCAGAACGCAAACUGCUUGCACGUAAUGAGCGGAUACAGAACCUGGAAGCUCUCCUUCAAGACGCAGACCGCCGACUCUCUGUCCAAAACCAGAAGUUCGAAACACAGCUACAGGCAGUCAAGGAACGUUUGGAUCAGGCUCGGGCACAAAAAGCAGUGUCAUCCUCGACUCUGAGCUUCGGUCGCAUCGCAAAGCCGCUGCGCGGAGGUGGAGGGAGCACCAUCACUAACCCGAUAGUGCCGGCCACAGGCGCCUCUUCUGCAAAUCCCUUGGCGAGGCUUCAGAAUGAGGAAGGAGGUCAUAAAGAUUCUGCACACUCAACCGUCACGCAAACGAGGAUGCCGUCGGUCAGCCCGUCAUUAGAGCAGCCCGCCUCUUCGCCCGGAAUACAUUAUGGAAUGGGCUCUAGCCCUAAUCACCUUGCUGUUCUGAGCAACGAGUGGCCGGUUUGGGGCUCUCGGCCAGUGUCUCCGCAGGAGAAAAAGGUUCAGAUGGCUUUUGGGAGUUUGGGGCCCGCAGGGGAUGCCGGGAUGUCUACUCCGCAGUCUGUUCUUCAUGUUACGGAUGAUGGGUGGACCAUGAAGCUUGACUCUGGACAGCAUCCAGGUUUUCAAUCUAGAACACCAAAUCGGGUAGAAAGCAUCCAGCAACAUAACGGAUUACUGCCGCCAGGAGGUACCCCUGCCAUCGAUAGACCUGUCGGUUUGCCCAACCAAUGGAUAUCGCCGCUACCGAAGAAUGAACCACAACAGAGGUUCACCGGCGGCCGAGUGGCCCACGUAUCAUCUCCGCCUGGUGUUCCACCCGCAUUUCCUGCCCCACAUCCUUCCCAAGUUACUAACUAUGGUCGCCCAGGACAAUUUGAACCUGCGAUCCCAGUAGUGAAGGAUGACGUUCCAUGGAGCAAUUUACGUAGCAUGUCACUCGAAGAGGAACAUGCAAGCCACCGUGCAGGAAUUCCUAUGCCAGCGCCUCUCCCCCAUCCACAAGGUCCCUAUAAUUUAUAUCCGACAGAGUACCCAGGAUAUUUCUUAAUACCGCCUCCGGAGCCGUUUACAGAUUUCUCAUUCAGUUUUGACGCGUAUCGACCUCAACCGGGAGCACAUUUCCUCCCUGCCGCGCCGCCUCAUCAUACCCACCCAAAUAGUGCCAACACACCUUUCGGUAAUCACCCUGCGCCGUUACUGACUAGUCCUAUGCCUGAUAUGCGGCAUAACCAUAUCCCGUCGUUUUCGGCACCGUAUGAGUUCCCAGCGCCUAUGCCGCCAGCUCCUUUUUUCUUUCCACCACCGCUGCCCAUGCUACCUCCGCAAUUGCCCAUUCAGCCCAUGGCUGGGGGUAAUCUCAACCAUAGUUUCGACCGACAGCGACGCGACAUUCCGCAUAAUACUAAUAUUGUCCCUUUGUCCCUGUCACCUCGCCGCCUACCUUUCAAUCGGUCACCUCAAAUGAAGCAACCAAAUUAUGUUCCCCACAGUCCAGCGCACCCUGCGUCCAAUGGUACAAUUCGAGUUGCUCGUCGCGCCAGCAACAUCCUUGGCAGCCCAGGAACUCCGCGUAGCUCCUUCCUGGAAGAUUUCCGGUCUAAUCGAGAGAAAUCAUGGAAGCUCAAGGACCUGUUUGGCCAUAUCAUCGAGUUCAGCAGUGAUCAGCACGGCUCCCGAUUUAUCCAACAGCAGCUUGAAGAGGCUAGCCUAGAAGAAAGACAGCUUGUCUUCGAGGAGAUUGUGCCAAAGAAGACGGAGCUGCUUAUACAAGAUGUUUUUGGGAACUAUGUUAUUCAGAAGUUCUUCGAGCUUGGAACACCAGAACAGAAGGAUGCCCUGGCGAAGGCUGUUGAGAGCAAGGUUGUUGCUUUUUCGCUUCAAAUAUAUGGGUGCCGGGUGGUGCAAAAGGCAAUUGAUUGCAUAACCGAAGCGCAACAAACGUCAAUUAUACUUUCUUUGGAGCAACACAUCCUGACGUGCAUCAAAGAUGCUCAUGGGAACCACGUCAUCCAGAAGCUUGUUGAGGUUGUGCAGCCUGACCGUUUGACCUUCUUGCGGACCAUCAGCGAAAACAUCCACGAUCUUUCUACACACCCCUAUGGGUGUCGCGUUUUGCAACGAUGCCUGGAACAUCUGCCGCAGACGCACACUCGAGCCUUGUUGGACUCAAUCCACAAUUACACCUUGGAUCUGAUGAGGGACCAAUAUGGUAAUUAUGUUAUUCAAUUCAUCCUUGAGCAAGGGAGAGAGCACGACAAGGCUAUCGUCAUCUCUCGAAUCCAAGGCAAUUUAAUCAAGCUUGCACAGCAUAAAUACGCGUCGAACGUUUGUGAAAAAGCUCUCACUUGUACUGAAUCAGAAACUCGCCAACUGUUGAUUGACGAGAUCAUGACACCGGGUGUUGAUGGUCAAAGCCCUAUUGUACUCAUGGUUAAAGACCAAUAUGCAAAUUACGUUCUGCAACGGGCUUUGGCCGUUGUCGAAGGUGAACAAAGGGUACUUUUCUUCAACCUGGUAAAGCCUUUACUGGCGGGGCUCCGCAAGUCUACGACAACGUACAAUCGGCCACUAGUUUCAAUUGAGCGCCUAAUGGAGAAACAUUUUGGAAAACAGAGCGCAGCACCAGCUUCUGAGAAACAUGAAGCUGCGCGCAGCUGA